GCUUCGUCCUCCGACUUUCUCUUCCUUCGCUGAUGCCUCAUAGCUCUUGUCAGCCUCCGGCCAGUGUCUCCUUAACACCGAACACCAUGCCUUCAAUUAAAUUGCAGAGUUCUGAUGGAGAGAUAUUUGAAGUUGAUGUGGAAAUUGCCAAACAAUCUGUGACUAUCAAGACCAUGUCGGAAGAUUUGGGAAUGGAUGAUGAAGGAGAUGAUGACCCAGUUCCUCUACCAAAUGUUAAUGCAGCAAUAUUAAAAAAGGUCAUUCAGUGGUGCACCCACCACAACGAUGACCCUCCUCCUCCUGAGGAUAAUGAGAACAAAGAAAAGCGAACAGAUGAUAUUCCUGUUAGGGACCAAGAAUUCCUGAAAGUUGACCAAGGAACACUUUUUGAACUCAUUCUGGCUGCAAACUUCUUAGACAUCAAAGGUUUGCUUGAUAUUCCAUGCAAGACUGUUGCCAAUAUGAUCAAGGGGAAAACUCCUGAGGAGAUUCGCAAGACCUUCAAUAUCAAAAAUGACUUUACUGAAGGGGAGGAAGCCCAGGUACGCAAAGAGAACCAGUGGGGUGAAGAGAAGUGAAAUGUUGUGCCUGACACUGCAACACUGUAAGGAUUGUUCCAAAUACUACUUGCACCGCUCCGUUUAUAAUUGUUAAUAUUA